GCAGGUGCGUCUCCCCCUCACAACCAAAGGUUACCUUGACAAUCAAACGCUAACUCGUAUUGACGGAAACACGGAAUUGAGCAAGCGUUUGUUAAAAGCAAGUUAUUUGUAUUGGAAAGAACAAAGCCGCAGGCUCGUGGAAGAAGAGGAGGAGGGGGAGGAGAAGAGGAGAGAUUACGGAGAGAUGAGGCGGAUCCCAGUAGUGAUAAUUGGCAUCGGCAGCGUCGGCCGCCAACUAAUCCAUCAUAUCGUCGAUACCCGACGUCUCCACGCCAAGCAGCCUGGAUUUUCAGUUGGCUACGGAAUUGCAACCUCUUCUUUUCGUGUCCACACGAAUCCGAACACGCUUAAGAUGGUGCAGCGAGUUGCCCAAACGGGAAAACUAGUGUUCAUGCUCUUUGUGUUGCCGGGGAUUACGACCAUCUGAUUUUUUAAACUCUAUCUACAUUCUAUUGCCCUUUCUUUCGAGAACUAUAACUUUCAAGUUUCUCAUUUCAAGCCUUGGCGUUUCUCCUUCUGUGGUUUUGGCGAUGCAAUUGGCCGCAGGGGUUGCACAUAGGAGUUGUGGGCAUCUGCGAUAGUCGAUCGCUACUUCUCGUCAAUGACGCGAUGGUGUCGGGGAUGAGCGAUGAGUGCUUGCUUGAGAUCUGCAAGUUGAAGGCAUCGGCUGCUUUUCUGCCAAUGUUGAGUAGCAAAUUUGGUAAUUUCGAGGUAUUUGGGGCAACAGAAAUCCCUGGGAAGCUCAUGGCCACUGCUGGUGCCUUAGGAAGGAUUACUGGUUUAGCAUUUGUUGAUUGCUCUGCAAGCUCUGAGACAGUUGGACUGCUCAACCAAGUAAUUGAGUUGGGUUGUUGUGUUGUAUUGGCUAAUAAGAAACCACUGACAUCUGACAUGGAAGUUUAUGAUAAGCUAGUUUCACAUCCACGACGGAUCAGAUAUGAGUCAACUGUUGGGGCUGGACUUCCUGUGAUUACUUCCCUGAAUCGUAUACUGUCGUCUGGUGAUCCCAUAAAUCGCAUUGUUGGGAGUUUAAGUGGUACUCUAGGAUAUUUGAUGAGUGAGCUCGAAGAUGGGAAGCCAUUUAGCCAGGUUGUUCGAGCAGCCAAGAACUUGGGAUUUACUGAACCAGAUCCACGUGAUGACUUUGGUGGGAUGGAUGUUGCAAGGAAGGCACUGAUCUUAGCACGACUUCUUGGCUGGCGCAUUAACAUGGAAAACAUUAAGGUGGAUAGUUUGUAUCCUGCUGAAAUGGGCCCAAAUAUGAUUUCUACUGAAGAAUUUCUGAGCAAGGGAGUUUUGAUGUUGGACAAUGAUUUUGCACAAAGAGUUCAAUUGGCUUCUUCCAAUGGAAAAGUGCUUCGUUAUGUUUGCAUGCUUGAGAAAUCAAGUUGUCAAGUUGGACUCUUAGAAUGCCCAAAGGAUUCCCCUCUUGGCAAGUUGAAAGGAAGUGCCAAUAUGGUUGAGAUUUACAGCAGAUGUUACAGCUUCCCAUUGGUGAUCCAAGGUGCAGGUGCGGGCAAUGAUACUACAGCAGCUGGUGUACUUGCUGAUAUUCUUGAUUUGCAAGAUCUAUUCUGCUGAGUACUCUCCGUCUCCCUUUUCAUAUAUAUAUAUAUAUAUAUAUAUAUAUAUAUAUAUAAACAAAAUAAUAUUGUCAAAGAUGAAUGUGUGGACCAAUUUUUAUGUCAUUUCCAUCUUUCAUGCAUCACCAACCCUUUCAUUUGUCCUCAAAGUUGAUGUUUUGGACGUGAUUAUCCCUGAUGAGAUGGUAGAGAAGAGUCGAAGUACAUUGUAUGGUUUGGUCCCAAAAUGAUGUUUGGAUCGCUCAAACUGAAAGGAAGGAAAUAUCGCAUCUGGUCCAUGCAAAUAGAUAGAUUGCUAUUUAUCUGCAGCUUUCCACAUCGGUGUAAUCUUUUUGUAAAGUAGGCAUAGUUGCAAAAUUGUGUUUGAUGUUUUUGAUUC